CUCCAGAAACAGCUGUCUGAGCUGGAUGAGGAUGACUUAUGCUAUGAAUUUCGUCGAGAACGUUUCACCGUCCAUCGCACUCAUUUGUAUUUUCUACACUACGAGUAUGAGUCUGCUUCAGACAAUACCGAUGUCACGCUGGUGGCUCAGCUUUCAAUGGACAGGCUCCAGAUGCUUGAAGCCAUCUGCAAACACUGGGAAGGUCCAAUCAGCCUGGCACUCUAUCUUUCUGAUGCAGAAGCCCAGCAAUUUCUGCGCUACGCCCAGGGCUCAGAAGUACUUAUGAGCCGCCACAAUGUUGGCUACCAUAUUGUGUACAAGGAGGGCCAGUUCUACCCUGUGAAUCUGCUAAGGAAUGUGGCCAUGAAGCAUAUCAGCACACCAUACAUGUUUCUGUCCGACAUUGACUUCUUGCCCAUGUAUGGACUCUACGAGUACCUCAGGAAGUCUGUCAUCCAGCUAGACCUGGCUAACACCAAGAAAGCUCUGAUUGUACCUGCUUUUGAGACCUUGCGCUACCGCCUCUCCUUCCCCAAGUCAAAAGCAGAGCUGCUAUCUAUGUUGGACAUGGGAACCCUCUUCACGUUCAGGUAUCACGUCUGGACGAAAGGGCAUGCGCCAACGAACUUUGCCAAGUGGCGAACAGCCACCACCCCCUACCGCGUUGAGUGGGAAGCAGACUUUGAGCCAUACGUUGUUGUGAGGAAGGACUGCCCGGAGUAUGACAGGCGGUUUGUUGGAUUUGGCUGGAACAAAGUAGCUCACAUCAUGGAACUGGAUGCACAGGAGUACGAGUUCACGGUGCUGCCCAACGCCUACAUGAUCCACAUGCCGCACGCCCCCAGCUUUGACAUCACCAAGUUUCGCUCCAACAAGCAAUACCGCAUCUGUCUGAAGACCCUGAAAGAGGAGUUCCAGCAGGAUAUGUCACGCCACUAUGGCUUUGCAGCUCUCAAAUAUCUCACGGCAGAGAACAACAGCUAGCACAACAGAGCCCAUGGGCGGGAAACAGGGACACCAGAGGGAGGAGCCACUCAGCGUUUGGGGCCCAGUCUUCAAACUUCAAACUGAGAAACACUUUCUGUUUUUAUAUCAUACCCGACAGUUCUAACAGCAGAGAUUUGAAGUGACAUGUCUUCGGACUGUGCUCAUUUGUCCCUUCCUCAACUACCCCAGACCUUUCAGCUUUAGCAUUCAUGAGAUGUCAACGAGAGGGGCCGGCCACGUGCCCGCCAUGCUGCCGGAGGUGGGGACGGGACAGGGACUGCGAAUGCACUCUGCUCUCUUAACUGUGGAGCAAAGACAGAUCUUCAGAAUAUAGGAUUUCAUGUUGCUAUUUAAUAAUUUGACAUGCUUUUUAUCUGUAAAGGA